AGUGUUAUACACGCGCUGUUACGCACGUGCUCAUCGUUUCAACUAGACUCACACUGGUCGUGUUUUCACUUUACUCGCUCAUUUCCAGCUCUCUCUCACUCACCUCGUCGGCUCUGCCAAGAAAACAAAGUCUCAAUCUCUCUCAUCGCGGGAUUCAUGGGAGAAGGGAAAGGCUCUACUCUUGUUUUCGUCCUCGUCAUCGCCCUCUGUUUAGUCGCCUUCGGCUUCUCCAUCGCCGCCGAACGCCGCCGGAGCAUUGGAAAAAGUAUACAAGACCCAAUAACAAAUGCAACGUACUGCGUUUAUAGCUCUGAUGUAGCCACUGGUUAUGGAGUUGGAGCUUUCCUUUUCCUCCUCUCUAGUGAAUCAUUGCUUAUGGGUGUCACCAAAUGUAUGUGCUUUGGUAGACCUUUAUCCCCAGGAAGUGACCGUGCUUGGUCUAUUAUAUAUUUCAUCUCUUCUUGGAUGACGUUUCUGGUAGCUGAAGCUUGUUUAAUUGCGGGAGCGACUAAGAACGCAUACCACACAAAGUACUUGAGCGCACAAGCCUUCUCGUGUGAAUCGUUACGCAAAGGAAUUUUCAUUGCAGGAGCAGUUUUUACGGUUGCAACUAUGAUCCUUAAUGUCUACUACUACUUCCACUUUACCAAAUCUGUCUCUUCUCCGCCUACUCACAAAGCUAACCGCUCCGGUUCAAAUAUCGGUAUGGCUGGUGGCUAUGCAUAGAAGAACAAAAAAAAAAGAGAAAUUGAUUAGUCAUUUGUGGGAUGUAAGAAAAGAGGUUGUUGCAUUGUUACAAUGGGUUACUCUUACAUGUUUUGUUUGUUAUAUAUAUAUAUAAUCUUUAUAUAUAAAGAACGGUUUGCUCUCUC